AAUCGCAGUAUAAAUACCAUCGCCCUGACGUGAGUUAACAACGAAAUAGCAGCAAAACAAGAUGUCGAAACAGCUACUUCCAGCGUUGUUGUUACUUAUUUCCCUUCAUUCUGUGCAGAGCUACAUCACAUACAUCGAGAAGCGAUUUCCUUUAGAGGGAGAAAGAUCGCCACCAGGAUCACCUUGGCCACUGCCCCGAGAAUGGAAAAAAUCGUUAACUGUGUUAACCCUUGACCCAAACAAUUUUUAUUUGUCCUCUAAUGCUGAAGAAUGUGAUGUCAUCAGGAAGGCUACCAAUCGUUACAAGUCUUACAUUUUGAUUGAUUCCAAAUAUGGAAAGGCUAGCCCUAAUCGUCCUGUCAUGCCCGGAAUACAAGUGAACGUGGAUAACAAGGAUUGCGGUUAUCCUAAACUGACCAAAAACACUGACCAAGAAUCAUAUAACAUCGAAAUUCCUGAAUCCGGAGGGGCCAAAAUCACAGCGAAGACAGUUUGGAGUGCUUUAUGGGGUUUAGAAACUUUCAGCCAGUUGGUGUACCAAGACAGCGAUCGUGCUUAUUUGAUCAACGCUACCAGUAUUUCUGACUCUCCAAGAUAUGGAUACAGAGGAAUACUACUAGACUCUGCCCGUCAUUUUCAACCUAUGAAAGUAUUAAAACAGAAUCUGGUAAGUCUAUCUCUCUUCAUGUCUCUGAAGAGAGAGACAUUCUUGAAUAGAGUUGUUUAA